CUGGUCAUAAUAACCAUUACUGCUUGCAAUGGUGAUUAAACGUAAACUUAGGAACUCAACAGCGAAUACAUCUACUCCGGUACCAGAAGUUAAGUCUGAGGAAAUAAAAACUCCUAGUCCUACACCUCCUGUAAAGGUUGAGCGACGCGGACGACCACGUAAAUCUGAGACCAGCGAGGAAAUAACUAACGAUAGACCUGUCAAAGCCUCCCGUCCAAACGAAACGUUUAAAAUUAUUCCCUUUAAUCCUAAAGGUACAACUAGUAAUAGCAAAGGCAAAGAAAAAGAAACAACUCAAUCGCCCACAGAUCUUCCUUCGGAACCUGUGUACAAUGAACCAGUACAACAAUUCGAACCUAACUUUGUUACACUUCCGGAAGCUCCUGUUUUUUCGCCUCUUCCUCAACAACAAUCACAUAUAACACCGCCUAUACAAGGGGCUUCAACUUAUUCAGAUCAGGUCCCAUUAUACGCUAUCCGUUACAUCUCCAAACCAAUCCAGAUAUGUUUUCCAAAAGAAGCACUUUUUAAUUCCUCGUUUGCAAACAAAAUCCAUCUUAACAAUUUUAAUCAGCUAACCGCUCAAGUAAUUAUUUUUCAUAAAAAUGAAUUAUGGGAUGAAGCUAAUAUUUUAGAACGUCUUUAUUAUAAAAAUAAAAAUCAACAUCAACGCGCUGGAUACUUUCGUAAGAUUAUAGAGGUGAGAAAAUUUUUAAAAAGAAUUAAAGAGAUGGGAAUUAAUGAAUUGAUGUCUGGAUUUAUAGAAGCUUUUUAUAGCAAAAAAAUUGGAAAGAUUCGAAGUACAUGGGAUCAAGUGCCAUCUCAAGAAAUGGUUAUUUUUGUCAUGAAUAGAUUAAUUGGCGUGGUAUUAUUGAUGAAUAAGGCUUUGCAAAUAUUCAACGACGCAUUCAAUACUUUUAGUGCUUUAUUACGCCAAACUGAAUUUAUGUCAUUUGCUCUGGCAUGUUUAGCAAUACUUGCAAGAUUUAAUAUUUUGACACGUGUAAUGCUUGAAGAAAUUAAAAAAUGCUAUGGAUUACUAAGAAAUUGGGUUGAAUAUUUUCCGCGAUCUUCACAAACUAUUCCUGAAACAGAUCUUGAUAAUGAAAUUAAUAAAUUACCUGAAUUUCUAUAAAUGUAUACAUAGUUAAAUAAUAAUAUAAAAUCAAAUUUAUCGUUAUAAAGCCGCAUUCUUCUCUAUCUCAUCAACGGGCAGAACAUGAAAAUGUAAUUUAAUAAAUUUAAUAUCACCUGAAGGUAUAAAUGUGUGUGAAUACGAUCAAACAACUAAUGGCGAACACGUAAAUUCAAAGGGCAUCCUUAACGUAUUAACGUAAGGUGGGGCCAUGGGAGUGUAGACCUUUAUCGUAAACCGGGUGUACGAUUAAAAUAUAGCGAAUGUUAUUGGUAGGAUUAGUUUUGUGUACUAAAAGCACAAAAAUAUUAUUUAAAAAAUUCAAUGUUUUACAAAAUAAAAAGAGCGAAGAUGCACCAAAGAAGCGUUUAAACAGAAAUUAUAGAAAAUUACAAAUGAUACUA